UUUCGUGUGAUUCGCAUAAAGUAAAGAAAGAGAAAUUUUUUUCAAAAAAUUCUUUUUUGAUAACACAAUGAAAGCCGUACUCUUCAUUGCACUUGUGGUGUGCUUGGUGUCUGUGUUUUAUGCCCAGGCCCAAGAGGUUAAAUGCCCAAACAGAGGGCCAAGAGAAGGAGAGGAAGCCAUUCUCAUCCCUCACCCCACCAAUUGCAGGCAUUACUUUGUCUGUGAUUAUGGACGACCGAUUGUAAUGGAAUGUCCUGAUGAUCUGCACUUCAACCCCAUAAAAAAAGUUUGCGAUUUUUCAUGGGAAGCUGGAUGCAUAGCUAAUGAAUCUAUAUAAAUGACGUGAUUACAUACAAUUACAUGAUUAUUUGACAUAGUUUACAUAUAUAUUUUUGAAGAUUAAUAAA